AUGGACGAUAAUGUAUCUUAUCAAUUUGCACCGGUACGACAGCGUAGAGAUGAUAGACAGAAUAUGCAACAACCAAAACAAUCAAGAAUGUGUGGUAUUGGUGAAAAAGGUAAGCCUCCACAUUUGUUCUUCAUAUUCUUGGAAAGUGGUUAUCAAAUAUGGUGGAAAUUUCGUUAUCAUUUGCGUUACAUAAAGCACUUUUUACAUAUCGUUUGCCUUCCUUCUUCGAUGAUUGCUACCAAAGAAAUUGAAAAUUGUUAUCCGCUUGGAAUUCACGUGCUUUAUCAAACCACCACU